UUAAACUUAACGUCACGGCAAGAGGCUGUGCCAAUUCCCGGUCAGCGGACGAGUCACGCCCUAGCCGGUUUCUCCGCCUCCUCUCUCUCUCUCCUCUCCGGACGAUCGAUCGAUCGAUCGCACAUUUCCACGCGAAUCGCGGUGAGAGCAAGCCCACAGAUCGAGCGAAACCACAUUCCCGGCUCCAUUCCGCGGAGAUCGGAGAGAGAGAGCGAACCCACAGAUCGAGCGAAACAGCGUCCACUGCCUCGGAAUCGGUCGCAGGCAGCACACAGAGAAGCGGGGAGUGGAACCGAUAAAUAUCUACAGAUUCCGGCGCCAAAAUCUACCCUUGUUCCUCUAUCUCCUCCGAAUCGUAUUCUAUUUCCAACUCGAACACCAAAUACCGUCUCCCGCCUUUUCUUGGGUUCUUGCCGCUUUAUUGCCCAAGCCGGAGAGAGAAGAAGAAGACAAAAGGGGAGCUCGAGCAAUCGCGAGCGAGCCAAGGAGGUCUCAAGAUGCCGAGAGGGAGGAAAAAGAAGGGAGAACAGGAGCGUCAGCGGCAUGACACUGUGAACACGUCUGUCUCUUCAAGAACGCUCAGAUCAAGAGCCAGAGAACCUCCGCCCUCUAAAGUCCAUGAAGCCGCCUCGAUCAAUUUCCCCAAGCAAUGCCGCGCCAGGCAUUUGGAUGCCGAUGGCAACCCAAUGGAAUCCACUAUGUGUCACCAAUGCCAGAGAAAUGAUAAGGGUAGGGUUGUUCGCUGUGCAAAGUGCAAGACCAAGAGAUACUGCAUCCCAUGUAUCUCUCGAUGGUAUCCUCGAUCAACUGAGAAGAUGAUUGCUGAGGCUUGCCCUGUCUGCCGUGGAAACUGCAACUGCAAAGCAUGCUUACGCAUGGAUGCACCUUUAAAAGAUUUGAUGAAGCCAGAUGUAAACUUUAGUGAUGAUGAGAAGUUGAAACACUCUGCUUAUUUUCUACAAUUUCUUCUCCCUGUUCUUAAACAGAUAAAUGAAGAGCAGAUGUUGGAGAAGGAACUCGAAGCUAAGAAAUGUGGGGCAUCACUCUCUGAUUUAAAGAUUCGUCAAGCUGGCUUGGGUCUUGAUGAACGUGUGUAUUGUGACAAUUGCAGAACUUCCAUCUUUGAUUACCACAGAAGCUGUGCCAAUUGUUCAUAUGAUCUCUGUCUUACUUGUUGUCAUGAGAUUCGUGAAGGCCAUGCACAAGGAGUUAUAGAAGAAGAAGUGAAUUAUGUUGAUUAUGGAGAGAAGUAUUUACAUGGUGAUCCUUGUGUUGAAUAUCCUCAGGAUAAGUUAGAUUUGGAUGUUAGUGUAUCUAUUGACUCAGAGGAUGCCUCCAAGUCAGCAAUUGUAUGGAAAGCAAAAUCUAACAGUGACAUCCCAUGUCCUCCACAAUCUAUGGGAGGCUGUGGAUGCGGCAUUCUAGAAUUAAGGAGUGCUUUUUCUGAUGACCGAAUUUCAGAUCUGGUAAAGAGAACUGAGGAAUUUCUGAAGACCUAUAAAAUUGAGAGUAUUCCUGUAUUCUCUGAGCAGAAUUGCUCUUGUACUGCAUCGGAAGGCUUGCUUAACCAUAACAUAGUACGAAAAGCUGCAUCUCGGAAUGAUUCUUAUGAUAAUUAUUUAUUCUGUCCAAAUGCACUCGAAGUUCAUGAUGAGGACCUGGAGCAUUUCCAAUAUCACUGGAUCAAGGGUGAGCCUGUCAUUGUAAGCAAUGUUCUGGAAACUACAUCUGGAUUGAGUUGGGAGCCAAUGGUGAUGUGGCGUGCAUUUCGCCAAAUUACCAAUGUCAAACAUGGCCAACAUUUGGAUGUAACUGCAAUUGAUUGUUUGGACUGGGCAGAGCUUGAUGUUAAUAUUCAUCAUUUCUUCACGGGGUAUUCUUCUAAUAAGGGUAACCUUGAUCAGAAAGGCUGGCCUCAGAUACUGAAAUUAAAAGAUUGGCCACCGUCUAACUCAUUUGAGGAGCGGUUGCCACGCCAUGGUGCUGAGUUUAUCAAUUCCUUACCUUUUAAGGAGUAUACACAUCCUGAAAGAAGAUCUUUCAAGAAAAGAAGGCAUAAAAAGGACAAGGGUGAACAAGAGAGCUUACAAUCUCGUUUUGGUUUUCAUAAUCUUGCUGUCAAAUUGCCUGAGAAUAGUUUGAAGCCAGACUUAGGGCCAAAAACAUACAUUGCCUAUGGAGUUCUGCAAGAGCUAGGACGUGGAGAUUCAGUUACCAAACUUCACUGUGAUAUGUCUGAUGCAGUAAAUCUAUUGACACAUACGGCAGAUGUGAAAUUGACUACCAAGCAACUUGAUCAUAUAAAUAUGUUGAAACAACAGCAUACCACUCAGGAUCAAAAAGAAAUUUACAAAAAUAUUCAAGCAAAGAACAAUUUAGAGUCAAUUAAUGGAAUCUUUGGUGGGGAAAAGAGUCAUGAGAUCCUGCCAAAUAAUGAUCAACCAAAUGCUUUAGAAGACAGCUCUACUUGCAUUCUGUCAGACAAAAAUGGAAUAGCCAAUGGGGUGAAAAUGUCUAAACGCAGAAAGUGGUCAAAUCCUUCUGGAGGAAAUUCUUUGACAGUAAUAGUGAAGAAUCAAGCUGAUGGUAAUGACCAGCUUGAACAAACUGAAAUCAAAGAAGUGAUGACAAAUGUUGAUGCUAACACACACGUGGGUGCUCAUGAGGAUCAAGCUACUGUCUCUAUUGAGCAUGGCAUGCCAGUCAAUGGGUUGUCAAUGCCUCAAUGCGCUCAUGAGGAUCAAGCUGCUAUCUCUAUUGAGAAUGGCAUGUCAGUAAAUGAGUUGUUAAUGCCUCAACAUGGAAAGAGGAAAAGGGAAGAUUCUUCUAAUGGAAAGUCUAGGACUGUAGAAGUGAAGACUCAUGUUUAUGCUGAUGAUCGUCUGGAUCAUACUGAUCGUGAGGAAUUGACAACAAGGGUUGAUGCCAAAUCAGAUCCAAUUAUACAAGAGAGUUUGGCUGAUGUACCUAAAAAUGGAAUGGAGCAUGUGGUUCAUCGGGAUGCAGUUCAGGUCAGUGUAGCUUCUGGAACUGCCAGCUACGAUGGGUUAGAAUAUGAAGAAGGGGGUGCCUUGUGGGACAUCUUCAGGAGGCAAGAUGUUCCAAAAUUGCAGGAAUAUCUUCUCAAGCAUUUUAGAGAAUUUAGGCAUAUCCAUUGUAACCCAUUACGCAAGGUUAUUCAUCCUAUUCACGACCAGACUAUGUAUUUGACUGUUGAGCAUAAAAGGAAGCUGAAGGAGGAAUAUGGAAUUGAGCCGUGGACAUUUGUUCAGAAGCUUGGAGAUGCUGUCUUCAUUCCUGCUGGUUGUCCUCACCAAGUCAGGAAUUUGAAGUCAUGCAUAAAAGUUGCGCUCGACUUUGUGUCUCCUGAAAAUGUCAAGGAGUGUCUCCAUCUGACAGAGGAAUUUCGUGUACUUCCAACCUAUCACAGAGCAAAAGAAGACAAACUGGAGGUCAAGAAAAUGGUAAUUUAUGCAGUGCAAUGUGUUUUGGAUGACCUUAAAGGUUUUCUGCCAGGUGAAGAAAAUGGGAGUGCAGCCUUGCAGACUGAAGGUAUGGAGAUGCCUGCUUAAGUCUGCAGUAAACCAUGCUUUCUUAGGUUAGUGGUGUUGAUACUCGUUCAGAGAAAGCACAAGAAUGAACCUGCGGUUGCUUUUGUUUUUGUGUUAUAGCUCGCCUUUUUGAUGCAUCAGAUCACCUCAAAUCUGACGGCAGCUAAUAUCUAUUUAAAUCGUCUGGCUCUUUUUUUUCUUGUGUAUCAAUGGCCAUCUCUCACAUACCUUAAGUUAUGUCUAUAUUCCUUCUACCUUUCUGUCUCUGCCGAGUUUCUUUAUUGGGCUUAUUAUAUGGAUGUCUGAGAUGUUCGUCUUCACCUGUAGUAGUUUAUAAUUAUGUACAAUUUUUUCGAGCAUUGACACAUUAAUCUGACUUUGUAGUCUUUAAGUGAUGAACUUUACUACUUUACUUCAA